AGUCCACGUCAUUCCUGCGCAGCCGCGGAGGGGUAGCAGCGGUGAGCUGAGGUGGACUUCUUUCCUUCUGUCAGUGUGAGAAGAGUAGAACAGUUGAGCUGCUGGACCUCAGGAACAACACAAAACCCUCCUAGACAACCUCUCAGACGCCACCAUGAUUCGGAUAGCCGCUUUCCUCGCUCUGCUGGUGGUCGCCUGCUCCGGAGAGAGCUGCACGGACCCAGUCAUCACUCCGUCGGCCUACACCACCUCCGACGCCGUCAUCUCCUCCGAGUCUGUCUUCAUCGUUGAGCUCAGCCUGGCCUGUGCCAACGGAGCUCAGAGUGUGACUCUGUAUGCUGAUGUCAAUGGAAGACAGUUCCCAGUGACCAGAGGCCAGGAUGUUGGCAAGUACCAGGUGUCCUGGAGUCUUCCUCACAAACAGGCCAGCUCUGGAACAUAUCAGGUCAAAUUCUUCGAUGAGGAGUCCUACAGUGCCCUGCGCAAGGCCCAGAGAAACAAUGAAGAUGUAAAUGCCAUUGAGCCUCUCUUCUCUGUCAACAUUGACCACAGGGGUGCAUGGAACGGCCCAUGGGUGUCGACUGAGGUGGUGGCGGCCCUCAUUGGUAUCCUGGUCUACUACAUGGCCUUCAGCGCUAAGAGCACCAUCCAAGCAUAAUCAGAUUCACAAUCACUAUUUAACCACUGGAUCGUAAAAGACUGAAUUCAGGUGGCGAUGACCUACGAUCCAUCAUCCAGUGUGGUGUCAAGCCAAAAAGGUUUCGCCGCAUGGUCUGCUUUGGGACGAGGAGAAGGAGCAGCAGUCUUUGUAUUUCUUUUUUAUUCAGACUGUGUCUGAAUGCCAUCAAGCUUAUCAAUUUACAGAUGAAUUGUGUCAUGAGUUUGUCUUGUCAGUGUGGAGGAAAUUUUGUAAUUUUGAUAAAAUCAAACAGUAAACCUGGACCACAAAAGCCAACCAAACAAAUUAAGAUCAUGUACUGUAUUAAGUCCUGCUAAAAAAAAAUGUCCCUAAUCCAAGACCAGUUCAUCCUCUGUCCUUCUGUGUGGAUAUACUGGGCAGAGUGGGACUGUACAGAUGUGUUGAACACCAACAGGGAGAGGUCAGGAUCUCGAUGCAAAUGAAAAAUAACGUGACUGCACUGGCUGGCCUGAAAAGGCCAAGUGUAUUCAUCUCUUUCAGUGAAAUGAAUAAAUGGCUUGUUUUUCUUCCA